UUGAAAGAAAUCGGUUGUAAAUUCACAACUGGACAUUAAUGUUAUUUGCGAAUUACAUUUUUGUUGUUUCAUAUUUAGGUUUCACUAUUAUCAUUCUCACCAGAGGAGCAUCAGUGAAAGUUCUUCCAGGAGGAAAUGUUACUCUCCCUUGUACCAUUAAAGAUGACAAAGAGAUCAACUGGAUCGUUAUAAAUGACAAUCAAACAUUUAUUACAAUUCUGAGACUACAAUUUUUUAUUAAGGCUAAAGUUAAACUAAGUCCAUCUUUUACUCACACAGACUAUGAAGGACGGAUUAUAGCAGUUAGUUCUCUCACACACACUCACUCACUUAUUCUGAUGAACAUCACCAGUACUGAUCUGAUGAUCUACUGCUGCAUGAAAUGUCAUCUUGAGCAAACUUACUGCACUAAACUGGACUUUAAAGUUACAGCUGUAAGUCAUGAUCUGAUCAGCAGUACCAGUAUAUGGCUGCCUGUCCUUUGUGUGCUUCUGUUGCUGAUCUUAAUUGUUUGUGUGUGUUGGAGAGGAACAGGACUGCAAAGAGGUUGUGGAACAAGUAAUGACCUGCACCCAGACUGUGUUUACAAUAUUGCACAGGGUGAGUUUAAUCACAUUUCAAAAAGACAAGAUGAUCGGACACUGGUUGAGGUUCUGUAUGUACCGAUGUUGUAAUUUCUACAAUUUUUUUACCUUUUUAUAGUCUGUUGAAACUUUUCCCGAUACAAAGAAUUGUAUGUUAUGGAUUUUAAUGGUUCUUCUAGGAAGUUAAGUUUGGGCCAUAAAGGCCAUUUGUUUAUGUUAAUGCCACUGAAAGCGUCUAGCACCUAUGAAGAACCAUAAGUGGUUAUAUAGCACCAUAUGAUUCUAAACAGGCACUACAUAUGUGCUAUAUAGCACUAAAUACACCGAAUAAUAGAAUUGUUAAAAUUAAUCGAAUUAAGUUAAUCUAACAAUUAUUUUAUUAAGUAGUAUGAUUACGAGGCAGUGAACCACUUUUAGUGCUAUUCAGAACAGAGUGUAUUAUUGUUGUAAUUAUAUAACAUCAUAAAGCAUGUUGAAUAAAAUCUUAAUUCAGGUAAUAUUUUUUUAUCAACCAAUAAAGUGCAA